GCUUCACCACAUUAUGCAGAUGUACUGUGAGUUACUUGAGCAAUUACUGAUGAGCAUCUAGAUUGAUGUCAUCCUUUGCUGUUAUAGAUGAUGCUGUAUCUGUAUUCUGACACUCAUGUGCAUGUUCCUUUAAUUGUAUUGCAUCGCUACUCUCAGUCCUUGUUCAAGCCGUAGGUAAACCUUGUCACUCCAGCCAUUUCAUCCCUCAGCGACAGGUUUUGAGAGAAUUAAAUGUCCAAGUUCACAUUGCUAAUAAUUAACAGAACAAGCACGUGAAUACUUUUUCUUGUUUUCCUUUGCAAGUGAUGUGCUUUUUUUUUUUUUUGACAAACUAGAGCAUACCCAAAACAAAACAGGGUAAUUAGGUGACUGGGGAAAGGGUCUUUGAGGAAGUCACAGGACUGAGGCCUAAAUGACAAGAAGGAGAUAUCUAUAUCUGUCUAUAGACAUCUUUAUGUAACAUGAGUGGUGAUUACUUCUAAUGAAAAUAGGCUCCCAUAGAUGAUAGUGAGCAAUGUUUCACAUCCCAGUGGUACAACUUACAAACUAUUUUACUCAAACUCUCUGAACCUCAGUUUCCUCGUCUACAAAGUAGAGAUAGUAAACCUACCUCACAGGGCUAUUAGGAUGGUUAGAAUGUAGGCAAAGUUGUUUAGCAUCGACUCAUCACAGGCUUGCAACACACCCUGAGUGAGAUUUCAUGAUGCUCCACGUAAGGAAAACAGAAUGGCUUUCUUGAGUUAGUGAUUUCCCUACCAGUGGGGACAUUUAAGUAGACCUUAGGUGACUAUUUUCAGUGUAUGAUAGAAGACAUUCAUGCAUUAAGUGAGAAAUAAGACAGUUUAUCCUCAGAGGUUCUUUCUGUGUCCCACGUUGUGAUAAGUACUGUCUCUAGAGUCCUAGUCCACAGUUUUGGAAAUAAACCCAGGCAUCUGUUUUAAAGCAUAAAGCUGCCUUCUGGACUAGUGAUUUAAAACCUUUUUAAAGCAACAAUACCCUUUUUCUAAAGAAAUAUUAUGUUGAAGUCUAAUUUGUGAUGUCUAAAAUUGGAGCCGCUAGGUGAAGUUAAUGAGAGGUUGCUGUUGAAUUGUUCACUUAUUAAUCCCUUGUAUUUGCAUAUAUUUUAAUACUUACUAAAGCACUCUUAAAGUUAUCUUUUAUCAUUAUAACUACUACUUUAUAUAAUUUUAUAGAUUAAGAAAUAGGCACAGAGAGGUUAAGUAACUUGUCCUUAUCAUUCGGUAAUCCAUAAUGGAGCUAGAACUAUAACCUAGGACUCUACCUCCUAAAUCAGUGGGGUUUCCCCCCCAAUUCAAGAUACUGCUUUAUCAGUUAAUUACUUUAUAGCUUUUAUUUAUUUUUUCUUUUAUAGGGUUAAUUAUUUAAAUUGUAAAGAAUUUCAACAUUCUUGGAGACUUCUGCAAAGGAUCUUUUUCAGUUUUGCUCAAGAGAAGGCUCUGAAUCUAUCAGGUCGCUCUUAAAGUCCUUUGUGUGGGUUAUACAUAUAGAUGUUUUCAUGAAGAGAAGUGAAAAGCCAGAAGGUUAUAGACAAAUGCGGCCUAAGACCUUUCCUGCCAGUAACUACACUGGCAGCAGCCGGCAAAUGUUGCAAGAAAUUCGGGAAUCCCUUAGGAAUUUAUCCAAACCAUCUGAUGCUGCAAAGGCUGAGCAUAACAUGAGUAAAAUGUCAAUUGAAGAUCCUCGACAAGUCAGAAAUCCACCCAAAUUUGGGACUCAUCAUAAAGCCUUGCUGGAAAUUCGAAACUCUCUACAACCAUUUGCAAAUGAAACAAGUCGGAGUACUUCAGAGGUUAAUCCACAAAUGCUUCAGGAUUUACAAGCUGCUGGAUUUGAUGAGGAUAUGGUUAUACAAGCUCUUCAGAAAACUAAUAACAGAAGUAUAGAAGCUGCAAUUGAAUUCAUUAGCAAAAUGAGUUACCAAGAUCCUCGACGGGAACAGAUGGUUACAGCAGCUGCCAGGCCUAUUAAUGCCAGUUUGAAACCAGGGAGUGUGCAACAAUCUGUUAACCGCAGACAAAGCUGGAAAGGUUCUAAAGAAUCCUUAGUUCCUCAGAGACAUGGCCCACCACUAGGAGAAAGUACAGCCUAUCGUUCUGAAAGUCCCAACUCGCAGAUAGAUGUAGGAAAACCUUUGUCAGGAUCUGGUAUAACAGCAUUUGCUCAGGCUCACCCUAGCAAUGGACAGAGAGUAAACCCUCCACCACCUCCUCAAGUAAGGAGUGUCACUCCUCCACCCCCCACAAGAGGCCAGACUCCCCCUCCAAGGGGUACAACUCCACCUCCCCCCUCAUGGGAACCAAACUCUCAAACAAAGCGCUAUUCCGGGAAUAUGGACUACGUCAUGUCCCGAAUCUCUCCUGUUCCAUCUGGAGCCUGGCAGGAGGGCUAUCCACCACCUCUGAACACGUCCCCAAUGAAUCCUCCGAAUCAAGGACAGAGAGGGCUUAGUUCUGUUCCUGUGGGCAGACAACCAAUCAUCAUGCAGAAUUCUAACAAAUUUAACUUCCCACCAGGGAGACCUGGAAUUCAGAAUGGUAGUGGUCAAACUGAUUUUAUGAUACACCAAAAUGUCCCUGCUGGUGCAGUGAAUCGGCAGCCACCCCCUCCGUAUCCUCUGACCCCAGCUAAUGGACAAAGCCCUUCUGCUCUACAAACAGGGGGAUCUGCUGCUCCUUCAUCAUAUACAAAUGGAAAUAUUCCUCAAUCUAUGAUGGUGCCAAAUAGAAAUAGUCAUAACAUGGAACUCUAUAACAUUAGUGUCCCUGGACUGCAAACAACUUGGCCUCAGUCAUCUUCAGCUCCAGCCCAGUCGUCCCCAAGCACCGGGCAUGAAAUCCCUACAUGGCAACCUAACAUACCAGUGAGGUCAAAUUCUUUUAAUAACCCACUAGGAAAUAGAACAAGUCAUCCUGCUAAUUCUCAGCCUUCAGCUACAACAGUCACUGCUAUUACACCAGCUCCAAUUCAACAACCCGUGAAAAGCAUACGCGUGUUAAAACCAGAACUACAGACUGCUUUAGCACCUACUCACCCUUCUUGGAUACCACAGCCAAUUCAAACUGUUCAACCUAGUCCUUUUUCUGAAGGUACCACUUCAAAUAUAACUGUUAUGCCACCUGUUGCUGAAGCUCCAAACUAUCAAGGUCCACCACCACCUUAUCCAAAACAUCUGCUGCACCAAAACUCAUCUGUUCCUCCAUAUGAAUCAAUCAGUAAAAACAAAGAGGAUCAGCCGAGCAUGCCCAAGGAAGAUGAGGGUGAAAAAAGUUUUGAAAAUGUUGAGAGUGGGGAUAAAGAAAAGAAACAGAUUACAACUUCACCCAUCACCGUUAGGAAAAACAAGAAAGAUGAAGAGCGAAGGGAAUCUCGUAUUCAAAGUUAUUCUCCUCAGGCAUUUAAAUUCUUUAUGGAGCAACAUGUAGAAAAUGUUCUCAAAUCUCAUCAGCAACGUCUACAUCGUAAAAAACAAUUAGAGAAUGAAAUGAUGCGGGUUGGAUUAUCUCAAGAUGCCCAGGACCAAAUGAGAAAGAUGCUUUGCCAAAAAGAGUCUAAUUACAUCCGUCUUAAGAGGGCUAAAAUGGACAAGUCUAUGUUUGUGAAGAUAAAGACACUAGGAAUAGGAGCGUUUGGUGAAGUCUGUCUAGCAAGAAAAGUAGAUACUAAGGCAUUGUAUGCAACAAAAACUCUCCGAAAGAAAGAUGUUCUGCUUCGAAAUCAGGUUGCUCAUGUUAAAGCUGAGAGAGAUAUCCUGGCUGAAGCUGACAACGAAUGGGUAGUUCGUCUGUAUUACUCAUUCCAAGAUAAAGACAAUUUAUACUUUGUAAUGGACUAUAUUCCUGGAGGUGAUAUGAUGAGCCUACUAAUUAGAAUGGGCAUCUUUCCAGAAAAUCUGGCACGAUUCUACAUAGCAGAACUUACCUGUGCAGUUGAAAGUGUUCAUAAAAUGGGUUUUAUUCAUAGAGAUAUUAAACCCGAUAACAUUUUGAUUGAUCGUGAUGGUCAUAUUAAAUUGACUGACUUCGGCCUCUGCACUGGCUUCAGAUGGACACAUGAUUCUAAGUACUACCAGAGUGGUGACCAUCCACGGCAAGAUAGCAUGGAUUUCAGUAACGAAUGGGGUGACCCCUCUAACUGCCGAUGUGGAGAUAGACUGAAGCCACUAGAACGGAGAGCUGCACGCCAGCACCAGCGAUGUCAAGCACAUUCUUUGGUUGGGACUCCCAAUUACAUUGCACCUGAAGUGUUGUUACGAACAGGCUAUACACAGUUAUGUGACUGGUGGAGUGUUGGUGUAAUUCUUUUUGAAAUGUUGGUGGGACAACCUCCUUUUUUGGCACAAACACCAUUAGAAACACAAAUGAAGGUUAUCAACUGGCAAACAGCUCUUCAUAUUCCACCGCAAGCUAAACUGAGUCCUGAAGCCUCUGAUCUUAUAAUUAAACUUUGCCGAGGGCCAGAAGAUCGUUUAGGCAAGAAUGGUGCUGAUGAAAUAAAAGCUCAUCCAUUUUUUAAAACAAUUGAUUUCUCCAGUGACCUGAGACAGCAACCUGCUUCAUACAUUCCUAAAAUCACACACCCAACAGAUACAUCAAAUUUUGAUCCUGUUGAUCCUGAUAAGUUAUGGAGUGACGAUAAUGAGGAAGAAAGUGUAAAUGACACUCUCAGUGGAUGGUAUAAAAAUGGAAAGCACCCUGAACAUGCUUUCUAUGAAUUUACCUUUAGGAGGUUUUUUGAUGACAAUGGCUACCCAUAUAAUUAUCCAAAGCCUAUUGAAUAUGAAUAUAUUAAUUCGCCAGGCUCAGAGCAACAGUCAGAUGAAGAUGAUCAGCACACAGGCUCAGAGAUCAAAAAUCGUGAUCUAGUGUAUGUUUAAUACACUGGGAAAUAAUUGUAAUGAGGAUUUGCAGAAAGGCCUGAAAUGCAGGGGGUUUUGAGGCUCUGAGAAUAAAAUUAUGCAAAUAUGACAGAGCUGUUGGUGUGUUUGUGCUCUGUGCACAAUAUUUUAUGAUCCUAAAUUAUGGGAAAUCCUUUUAAAAUGUUAAUUUAUUCCAGCCUUUAUAAUCAGUAAUUUAGAAAAAAAAUGUUAUAAAUUAAAUUAUGAACUGAAUAUUUUAGUCAGUUCUUGGUACUUAAAGUACUGAAAAUAAAGAAAUAGCAUGCUUUGUUUAAAAGGAGAAGCCUGGUUAAUCUAUUUGUACAUAUACUAAAUAAUUUUAAAAGACAAGAGUUUUUGAAAUGUUUUUGAAAGACAGUUUUAUUUUGCUGUAACCAAAUAUGAAAUAUACCCCACAUUACAGGGCGCCCCCCCCCGCUCAUAAACCUUGUUUUUGGUACAAAAUAAGCUAUAGAAAUUAAGCCAUCAUGGUGGUGAGUGUUCUCAACUAACGAUAAUUGGUGUAAUUCAUGUCUUGGAACUAAGAAAUACAGGGUGAUAGGGUUGAAACAGGAUGCUUAUCAGAAGGGAAAAAUAGGUAAACAUUUAUUUCCUGCUGUGGAAUAUUCAAUAUAGCAUUUGUUGCUCAAGAAUUACUGGCAUUAAAAGAAGCAAAGCACUACCGUUUUUCUUUCCAUAUUGGUAUUUUUAAUGCUGCUUCCAGGUGGGGGUUUUGUUUUGUUUUUGUUUUUUGUUUUUGCAUUAUAUGAAAUUUUUAUUAUUUGGGUUGAUGUGUUAUACAUGAUUAUAGUCAAGGUUAUUUCACAUAAUAGCAGUCCUUGAAAUUUUUUCCUUGAUACUUAUUUUGGAGAUUCCUGUAGAUCUUAGAUUGCUACUCUGAGAAGACUUUUUAGGUCUCCUUUCUUCUUUAUAUCCAGAAAUUAGUUUGCUUUUGAAUUUAAAACCUCUAACAGGAGCAUAUUCUUCUGUCGUCUGUCCAUAGUUAUCUUGGAAAACACAUCAAUACCUUGCUGAAAAAGAAGCCUGACUAUAUUUAUGGAUACAGAUUUACAGCAAACAUGAAGGCUGUUCUUUUCAUCUUAUUAGACUACAUGUGUAUUUUCAUCUACUUACUAAAAAUUCCACCAUUUGCUGUUUGUGCUCUUCCAGUUUUAAAGGGGAACAAAGCUGCCAUGAAUCAAAAUUUCUUACACUAAAAGCUAAGAUUUUCCAUAUUUUUACUUUGAAAUUUAAAAAAUGAUUUCCACCAUCCUAAGCAGAGGUGGUUUUCAGUUUCAUAUGAAAGUUUUAUUAGAAAUUAUGGAUAUGCACUUGAAUAGUACUUUUUCUAUAUUGUGACAGUUUUGAUUAUGUCAUCAGUAAUGUUACAAGUUUCCUCUUUCAGAAUAGUGCUGCAUACAUGGAUUGUUUAUUGGCAAAGGAAAAUUGACUAUUUGGCAAUAUUUUACCUAUGGGCAGAUUGAUGAAAAAAUUAUUAUUUAACUCUUAAUUCACGUGGCCAUUAGUAAUUAGGGAAAGUUACAUAGUGGUACGUAGUGGUCCUAGUCAAAAUUCAAGUCCUCCUAACUUAUUUUAAGGUUAAAUAUGCUGUUCAACAUUUAUAUAGGCUUCUGUUUCAAGACUUGUGGUCUCACACCAAAAUACAUUUAGUUUCUCUUUUAGGAUGGGGAAAAGGGCUCCAGUCUUAUAUUAGUAAAAUUUGUAGUUUCUUUUUCUGAAGCUCCACUGAUAAGGAAUUCUAUCAAAAUAAUUUGUGGAUACGAGGCAUAAUUUUAGUUAUUUUCAAACUUUGUUUUUUUUAUGUGAAAGCUAAUGGAAAUCAUAUACGUAAGUAAAAAUUAAGUCAAAGCUGUUCCAGUUGAAUUGGGGAGGGCAAAAAAAUUUAUUAGCUUACAGUUCUCACCUUUCUGUAGAUGGCCCUCUCAGAGCUCAGCUUGUAAACCACUGCACAACACACUUAAUGGGGGUGGGGGAGUUUGGGGGGAUCAUUGUUCCUUUUGAAAAUCUGAUGAAAGCUGUACACCCUCUUCCGAGAAAAAUGGACAUCAACACAUAAACAUAAAAUAUGUGCAAUUUUAGGGAUUCUGGAUAUAUUGAAACUUAUCAUAAACUCUUGGUUAAGGACCUCUGUCCUAUAAGAACACUGAUAUAUUAAACUAAGAACUUUGCUUUAAUCUUACCGAUUAAUGUUCAGAUUAGCACAUCUUGUAUAAACACUGAUAAUUUAUGAUGGAAAGGGUCUUCUGUACUGUGUGAUAAGAUAUCCCUAUCAAUGCCUCUCUUGCUGGUACAGCACUAAGACAUUUUAAACACACCCUUUUGAAGGCAUUGACAUGGUUGGCUCGACAGGCUUGAUAAAGAAAUAUUUCUGAAGGACUUCUAAUCAGAGAAUUGUAAGAAAAUGCACUAUGAGAUGGCAGUCUUCACUUCAUGGAACAUUUGAUUAGUUCUAUAAAAUUCUAUGCAAAACAAAUUUGUUCAAGAAUUUUUAGCUCAGUACUCAAAUUUUUAAGACAUCUCUCUUGCUCUUGGGCUUUCUCGGUCACAUUUAAAUUUCCGUUUAGUUGUUUUACUUCUCAGCACUAUGGUGCAGUAUAGUACAAAACCAACUUUGUUACAUUUAUGUUGUAGGAAAACUAAGGUGCUGUCUUCUCCCCCUCCCUCCCUACAAAGUCUGCGCUGCCCUUAUUUCUUAAGUGUAACAGACACUACAAAUUUUGUUUUUUGAAAUUUCCUGACAGUAUGAACUUUUUGUAUUUAUCUGAAGCUGUACAAGCCUCUACAAUCUGUAGGUUUAAUAGUUUGGAUAUACUUAUUAGCUGUCUUAUUCCCAAACUAUAUCCAGUUCUUCCAGUAUAGAACCUGGUGCUUCCUGACCAAAAAGAUAAGAACAGUAUCAGGAAUCUAUAUGCUUUCCAUUGAAAUGGAGUGAAAACAUUGGUUACACAUGCUUUCUGUUUUAAAAUUUUUCCACUCAUUAAAAACUGUCUUUGUUAUACUUACCCCUUUUAUGCAUAUCAAUAGUAUUUAUAAAAUGUGUUCUAUAAUUAUGUAAUUGUAGAUACUGUUGUGUAUUGUUCAGUGACACCCUAAGGCAGGCCCUAUUGCUGUAUCUUUUCUACCUUAUUUGUAAUAGAAACUAUAGAAUGUAUGACUAAGAAGUCACUUUGAGAAUGACUUUUUAAAAAAGUGAUUACCUUCUGCUGUUGCAAGUGCAAAACUGUGAGUGGAAAUGUUUUAUUCUGACUUAAUAUGUUAGAAAUUAGAAAAUACAGUGGGAGGAUUUUUAGAUAUUGCUGCUGCUGUUACCUAAGGUACUUUAGAAAUUUUCUUUAAUAAACAAAAAUAAAAAUCCCUUUGGUAUUUAAAGUGAAACAAUAGCCUGUUUGUUUUAAUCUAAAACAGAAAGUAAUUUGGGUCAACAUAUUGGUAAUAUUUGUAAAGCGCCUUAAUAUAUCCCUUUGUGGAAGGCACUGUACCAGUUUACUUUUAUAUUGUAUUGUAUAUAUAAGUAUUUUGUAUUAAAAUCAAAUGAAUACAACACUACAAUUUUAUAAAAUAAUGCUUUGUUAGGAAAAGGAAUUACAGCUUUGCAAUAUAAAUUGUUUUGCAUACUUUUGAAUGUAGUAGAUAUGAAUAAUCAGCCUGUGUUUUUAAUGAAUCUAUUUGUAUUUUCCCAAUCAUUUUAUCUAGUGUAACAUUUGGGGAUAAUAAAAAAACUUAAAAUCUUCCAA